AUGAAGAUAGCAAUAGAAGGAUGCAUGCAUGGCGAUCUCGACAAUGUCUACAAAACCCUUCAACACCUCGAAAAAUCCCAGAACACCAAAAUCGACCUCCUCCUUUGUUGUGGCGAUUUUCAGGCCGUGCGAAACCAGGAUGAUUUGAAAAGCCUAGCCGUACCAGAGCGUUACCGAGCCAUGAAUUCCUUCUGGAAAUACUAUUCUGGUUUGGAGGUUGCUCCUUAUCCCACAAUCUUCAUUGGUGGCAACCACGAAGCUUCCAAUUAUCUAUGGGAACUCUAUUAUGGAGGAUGGGCUGCACCUAACAUAUACUUUUUGGGAGCUGCUGGUGUGGUCAAGUUUGGGAAUAUUCGAAUUGGCGGGCUCUCUGGAAUUUAUAAGCAUUUUGAUUAUAAAUCAGGGCACUAUGAGAGGCCUCCUUAUGAUGGCAAUACCAUCAAGUCUGCGUAUCAUGUUCGAGAAUAUGAUGUUCGCAAACUCAUGCAAGUUGAGGAACCUAUUGAUAUUUUUCUCUCACAUGAUUGGCCGGUGAGGAUCACUGAUCAUGGGGAUUGGGAGGAGCUUGUGCGGAACAAGCCUUUCUUCAGGGAAGAGAUAGAGGGAAAAAGGCUAGGGAGUAAAGCUGCUGCUCAACUUCUAGAAAAAUUAAAACCACAAUUCUGGUUUUCGGCACACUUACACUGCAAGUUUGCUGCUCUUGUUCAGCAUGGGGAAGGAGGCCCUAUGACAAAAUUCCUAGCACUUGAUAAAUGUCUUCCUGGGCGUGAUUUCUUACAGGUUGUUGAAAUUGAAUCAGAGGCAGGACCUUAUGAGAUUCAGUAUGAUGAAGAAUGGUUAGCAAUAACACGAAUGUUCAACAAUGUAUUCCCUUUGACGCGCAAAGGUGCAGAUUUUCGAGGUGUAAAUCUUGAGAUGGAAGAUUGUCGCAAAUGGGUUAGAAGCAAGCUACAAGAAUGGGGUUGUAAACCUUCUGAGUUUGUUAGAACAGUUCCAUGUUAUGAUCCUUCUCAAGCCGGUGUUGACGGUGCUUCUGCUGUCAAUCCUCGGAAUCCUCAGACAGAAUAUCUUUUGCGACUUCUGGAACUUCCAUAUCUUCUUGAUAGAAAUCCUGAAGCAAAGGACAUGUCACCUUAUCCUUCUUUAAUUCCAAUUGGCCCUGGUGGUAAUUAUAGCGAGGACAUUCCCAUUGAUGAUGUGGAUGAUGACGAUGAUGAGGGGCUCCAACCAGUUGAUGAUGUGGAAACCGAGACUUGA